AUGUUUAAGAGGUGGCUGCUGGCCCUGCUGGCUCGGGUCGGCCUCAUCGUCCUGGGCCUGGGCUGCUGUCUGGCUCUGGCCUAUUUUCUGGCCUGUAAACCUGACAGCACUCGUCACUCCUCCCUGUGGUCUGGAGGGAGUACUGCGUCCAAGGAGCGCUAUCAGGCUCUGCUGCAGGAGAGGGAGGACUCUCACAAGCACUAUGUGAACAGCCUGAACAAGCAGAUCUCCGAGCUGAAGGAGGCCCUGGGCGAGAGGACGCAGCAGCUGCAGGAGGCUCUGGACAAGGCCAAAGUCAAAGGGAUUCUGCCUCAGGGUCUGGAGAGUCUGAAGAAACGCCCGGCUCAGACCGACCUGAAGGAGUUCUUCCGGUCGCAGUUGAACCAAGCUGAGGUCCUCUCUGGGGUCAAAGUGUCCAGUGAAUAUGAAGUCAUCCCCUACGACGCCUUUACACUGCAGAGGGUGUACCAGCUGGAGACAGGGCUGACCAAGCACCCAGAGGAGCGUCCCGUGAGGAAAGACCGGCGUGACGAGCUGAACGGAGCCGUGGAGUCUGCUCUGCACGUGCUCAAUGGACCUUUGCAGCACACGGACCCCAGCCGGAGGAAGACCACCUUCUCCCCCGCAGACUUCAUACAGGGUCUGUCCCGCAGUGAGAGAGGCAGGGGCACAGUGUAUGAGCUGGUCUUUAAAGGGGACUCUCCACGGGACUUCACGCAGCUGCUUCUUUUCCGGCCUUUCGCUCCUGUGCUCAAAGUCCGCAGUGACAGAGUGGACACGAGCCGCAUCCUCGUCAACAUCAUCGUGCCCUUGUCCAAGAGGCUGGACACCUUCAGGCAAUUCAUGACCAACUUCAGACGGGUGUGUAUCCAGCAGGACGGGCGUGUCCAUCUCACUGUGGUUUACUUUGGACGGGACCAGAUCCAUCAGAUUAAGGCCAUCAUAGACCAGACCACCAGGGAGACCCGCUUCAGGAGUUUUACACUGAUCCUUUUGAACGAGGAGUUUUCUCGGGGGCGGGGCUUAGAGGUGGGCGCCCGUGCGUGGAAGCGGACUCAGAACGUCCUGCUCUUCUUCUGCGAUGUGGACAUUCACUUCACCGCAGAGUUCCUCACGUCCUGUCGCCUAAACGCAGAGCCGGGUAAAAAAGUCUACUACCCCGUCCUCUUCAGCCAGUACAACCCCUCCGUAAUCUACAGUAACCUGACCCAGCCUCCUCCGCUCCAACAACAGCUGGUGAUAGAAAAGGAAUCUGGCUUCUGGAGAGAUUUUGGAUUUGGCAUGACGUGUCAGUACAGGUCGGACUUUCUCAACAUAGGAGGCUUUGACCGCAGGAUCACCGGCUGGGGGCUGGAGGACGUGCACUUGUACAGAAAGUAUCUCCACAGUAAGCUGAUGGUGAUCCGAGCCCCGUCCCGCGGACUCUUCCACCUGUGGCACGAGAAGAAGUGCGCGGACCAGCUGCCCCAGGACAAGUUCACCAUGUGUAUGCAGACCAAGGCCCUGAGCGAGGCGUCUCAUGGCCAGCUGGGGGCGCUUCUGUUCAGGCAACAGAUAGAGGCCCAUUCAAAGCUGCAAAAAGGGAAGAGCUGA